CUUAAUAUAGGUAUAUCUUGUAGCUUUUUAUUGAUGUUGUGUGACAGGUUUAUACUCCAUACAAUCCCCAGUUCUCAAACUGGUGUUCAUUGGAGACAUGGACCAAUUUAAAAAACGGUGGUAUAUCAAGACAAAAAUGCUGCUUUCCUGGCUGUUAAUGUUUGUACACAAUCCUGGAUAUUUGUCUGCAAUUCAAUUGCCACAACCUGGAAACCAAGCAAAUGUUGCAACUGGAACCACAAACCUCAUGAUCACUGCAACAGUAACAACUAAUCCAACUACAUGUUCGUGGUCAGGAACAGGACUAACUGGCACAGAAUUUUACUCAUCUGCUUUUGGUCGAUGUAAGACUCUUACACCAACUGCUACACAUAGCAUUACAUGCACAAAUGUAACUGGGGGAUUUUCUACAAGUCUGACAUACCUUACUGCAAUGACAAGCAACACCAAUGUUUCACUAACUUGUGGUUCUACUGCUUCUGUUGUUUACUCAUUGUCAAUGCUAGUAAAAGAUUGUUCAUCUCCAACAACCAACAAUGUUCCAGUCAACCCAUCAAGUGGUGUCUACAAAACUCAAGCUAACUUCCAGUGUUCCCAUGGUUCAACUUUAUUUAUUAUGAAUGGAACAACUGGAAACACUGCAACCAAAUGCCUUGCUACAGCAGAGUGGGAGAAUGAAAAGAUAGUUCAAUGUUGGUCAGCACCAACUGCUACAUUGAUUGGCAACAAUACCAUUUGUGCUGGAAACAUUGCUACAUUCCAAUGUAAUGCAACUGGGGGUGUUCCUUCUUUGGACAGAGUUGAAAUUUAUUUCAAUAAUCAAAAUCAAACGUUGGUUGGCAACACAUGGACAAGCAAUUCACUGAGUAGUUUAAACAAUGGAGAUAUAGUGGAAUGUAGAGCUAUAAAUAGCUACACUGCCAUGCAGGAAUAUUCAAACUUGGGAAGAAACAGCAAGACAUUGAUAGUUCAUUGUGAGUACAUUUUAUUAUAGUGUGAAGAUAGAAUUUAUUUGUGCUAUGCUAGUGUUAAAUUGAACGCCAACAUAGAUAUGUAAUGCUAUGAAUA